AGUGUCGCACUUUGUCGGCAAUAGGUUAUACUCGUGUACAAAGUAGGCGUAGCGUACUGUGAAAUGUUAAAAAAGUGAAUGUAUAUUGGAAUUUCUUUCUUGUUUUACUUAAUUGUUCCUGUGUGCCAUCAGAAUGACUUCAAGAAGAUGGUUCCACCCGAACGUGUCGGGGCUGGACGCCGAGGUGCUGCUGAUGGAGCGCGGCUUCGACGGCAGCUUCCUGGCGCGCCACUCGCGCUCCAACCCCGGCGACUUCACGCUCUCCGUCCGGCGCAACGGCGAAGUGACGCACAUCAAGAUCCAGAACACGGGCGACUUCUACGACCUGUACGGCGGGGAGAAGUUCGCGACGCUGUCGGAGCUGGUGCAGUUCUACAUGGAGACGCAGGGCCAGCUGCGCGAGAAGAACGGCGAGGUGAUCGAGCUGCGCUUCCCGCUCAACUGCGCAGACCCCACCACCGAACGGUGGUUCCACGGGCACCUCUCGGGCAAGGAGGCUGAGACGCUCCUGGAGAAGGGCAAGAACGGGUCGUUCCUGGUGCGCGAGUCGCAGACCAGUCCGGGCGACUACGUGCUGUCGGUGCGCACCGACGACCGCGUCACGCACGUCAUGAUCCGCUGCAAGGUGAGUCCAGGGCCGCCGCCCUCCUUGGGGUAAGGCCCAUUCAC